AGUAGUUUAUAUAAUUAGGGCUUUACAUCUGUUUCAUUGUUGCUGACUUUAUAUAUGGGCCAAUGUGAAGGACACAAUUGUUUGUUUUAGUACAUUAGGCUAUAGGCCUAGAUUUUUGCAUAUUAUGUUUGUGCUCUGAACAAGUUUUUUUAGACGGUUCGUUUAUGUGACGCUUUUGUUCUGAAGAUCACGACCCGGAAGUUGUAGUUUUUCCCAGAAAGUAAAACUGCAACUGAACAUCUCUCAAGCUGGAUCCGCUCACCCAUAAAGGGAAAUACAGAGCAUGGAUCGCCUUAAAAAACUGGAAAUCUACAUCCCAUUGGAAGCUGAGGUGAAAAGCAUCCCUCUGUCAAGCUUACCAAACCACGUGAUUAGACGAAUGGGCCUCCCCUCAGACCCCAGGCCUCUCUCAGACUCUCCAGAAGGCAUAUGGAUCCAUCCAGCAGUCAUACGGAGGAAAGGCCAGAAACUCACCUCCCCCACAGGAAACGGUGAAAACAUGUCUUCACUGCUGGGCAAAGAGAUCCGGGGUGAUUCGGGUCCCUUCGAAAUGUCCUUUGUCUCCGCCAACCGCACAGCUUACCGGCUGCUGAGGGACAACAUGCCUGGGAAAAGCAUCUCCGCAGACACAGCACACGCCUACCCAUUACCUCAGGGCUCAGCACCACAGAUGUACAAGGAUGCUGUUGUCAUCUUCCACGGACGCGUUUACCUCUCCAGCAGGAGUCACAGACGGAGACGUAAAGGGAAACAUGAACCACAGCCAGCCUCCCAGGCUUCCAUUCCUAAAAAUAAGCGCCGGUCUCCCCAGGCUUCUCUUGAACAGGCAAAUAAAGAACUACAGGGAAAUAAGUCCUGUUUUAUUCGGCCACAAAAAUCUCCAAAACAGCAGGAGGAUGUUCUCACAAAUACAGAUAAUCAUCCCUCCACAGACCAGGAGCUGCUCCACGAAGAGAAGAAGAAAAGCACCACAUGUAAAGUAACACAGAGUAAAAAAAAGAAGAGGAGUGAUGUAUCUUCAUCCAAAACGGCACAUUCAGUCCUUCAGUCCUCUGCCGUUGUGCACAAAGUGGACAACCCUUCUCAUGGGGACACUGCAGCAGACCCAGGGCCGUCCUGGCUUCAGCCUGAGUGUGAGACACAGGACCUGGGCAAUGAAGAAUCCCACUGUUUACAAUUGGACAGCAACGCUAACAACAUGGCUGCUACUGAAGAGCAAAGUAGCGAGUUUGAUCUGUUGGCUAAAGAGGAAGAGAUCUCUCUGCUGCAGGCUAAACUCAGACGGCUCUCAAAAACCGGCCCUCCCCUUUCUGAGUGAUGAAUGAACGGUAAUUAAACCGAGGUAUUUACUCUCAACACUAAAUGUGUUCACAUGUGCAUUAGUAACAGGGAAAUCAAUAAUAUGAUUAAACCAGGAUUCUAGUGUGCAUGUAAACAUACUUGAUGACAAGACGUUUUGAAAACUUGUCGUUUUCUUGACAUUUGUUCCAGAGGACAAAUGACCUCGGAUCGCUCCUCUAGUCAGGUCACGCCUCACCUCACUUCUGUUAGAAAUUGCACAAAGCUCCACUGAAGACUCCACUUUGGGUCAUUGUGGGGAUCUUUUGCUUCUUAAGGCCAAUGUGUAUAACUAUUUUUAUUUGAUUUGAUCUAUUAUAUGACUGUCUUUUAGACAAACCCACUAUUUUGUACUGGGACGCAUCUUUUUCUCAACCCCAUUUAUUUUUUCACUAUUCAUGGGCCUUUUUUUCAAAAAGCCUGGAUAUAGUUUCUCAUCUGGUGAGCUAUCUGGCGUAUCUCAACCAUGGCCUUAUAAACCUUAUAUAAGUGCCACUCUUUUGAUUUAUGUCUAUAAAAAGUGAUAUUGUAUUGAACCUGUUGUUGAGUUGGCUUAAAUCAAUCUCUUACA